AUGGCUGACGACGAAGCUUGGACAAGCGGCGAAUCUGAGCCAGAGGAAAGAGACUCUGACGAUGAAGAAACAUAUGGUAUUGAUUUAGAAGAUUUAGAAGAUGUGGAUUAUUGGUCGACUGAUCAAUUAGUACAAACUCCAAUUUUUCGUCAGAUGAUGUCUUGCGACAGAUACUUGCAGAUUUUGUGUUACAUUCAUUUUCACGACAAUGAAAAUACGACAUCGGAUAUUGCAGGCCAUACUUUAGCGAAAAUCAAGCCAGUAAUAGAUUUUCUUCAAUCUAAAUUUUCAGCAGCUCUCACUUCAGGGAAAAAAGUCUGUAUUGAUGAAAGUCUAUUACUUUGGAAAGGGCGGCUUAGAUUUAAACAGUAUAUACCUUUGAAGCAAAAUCGGUUUGGCAUCAAGCUGUUUGAGCUAGUUGACUGUGAAACGGGAUUCAUUCUAAACUUCAUUGUGUAUACAGGAGCAGACACUAACUAUAGAAAGUUCGGAUUAGGUGUUACUGGAGAUAGUGUCGCCCACUUCUUAGAACCGUACCAUCGUCAGGGUCGCGUUGUGUAUGUUGACAAUUGGUACACAUCUCCUGCUUUGGCAGAAUUUUUGCAUGACCGAGAUACUGGUCUGUGUGGGACAGUAAAAGCAAAUAAAAAGGGAAUGCCGAAACUGGAAAAUAAAUUAUCACGAGGACAAAUACAAGUUGCUCACACUGACGUCUGGAUGGCAAUGAAAUGGGAGGACAAAAAAAGUGUGCGUAUGUUGUCAACUGUGCACGAGGUUGAUUUUUGUCCAACUGGCAAGAAACGUCGUGGCACAGAUGAGGAUAUCAUGAAACCAACGUGUAUCCACGACUAUAACCAAAAUAUGGGAGGUGCAGACAAUGUAGACAGACACCUAUCCAUCACUGAAACUGUACGAAAAACAAUGAAAUGGUACCGCAAACUAUUUUUAGUGGAUUUGUGCCUCUCAAACGCUCACGCCAUGUAUAAAAUGAGAAAUGCAGGACCUGCUCCAUUUCCAGAGUUUCGAUUAGAGGUUGUCAGGGCUUUGUUGAAGUGUGUUUCUGAGAGCAUCUCUCGAAACGUUAGUCACCCUAAUCGAUUGAUUGGACGUCAUUUUCCGAAGGACAGCAAGGGGACUCACAAUAAACAAGCACCCCAAGUGAGAGGCAAGGGGACUCACAAUAAACAAGCACCCCAAGUGAGAGGCAAGGGGACUCACAAUAAACAAGCACCCCAAAGGAAUCAUAGUUUCGCAACCUCCACGUCGUUGAUUCUGGGUAACGCUAAGAGCGAGAGCCUUUUGUAG